CUAAAGCAUUUGCACUAAUCCCCAAGGGCCCACCGCCGCCGCUCUACCCAAAGUUCAGAUGCGGCCCCGGGAACCUGGGGCCUAAAUGGCAGGAAGAAACCCCUGAGGAACAGUAGCAGCGUCUCAGAGCGGCCUCUCGUCCCCCUCCUCAGGGGGGAGCGUGGACAGUCUGCGGCCGCCGGCUCCUCUUCACUCGGACUCGGGAACUAGCAGCCCACGGAGGCGAGGGCCACGGACGGCCCGCUGUCCUACCCGCCUGGGCCUGCCGGCGGAGCCCCGCCGCCACCGGGGGCCUCACUGCGGCAGCGGCCGCUCCGUCGCCCCCGGGGUCCGGGGCCGGCUUCUCUGCGGGCGCUCCCGCUCGCUGCCCAGCUCUUCCAUUCAUGCUUUCGCCGUCUCCCUCUUCGGCUGAGGGGAAACGGGAGCGCGCGUGGGCGGCCGCUGGAAGGCUCGCUGUCAGUCAAGCGGCCGAGCUGAAAAGAAGGCGAGCGAGGGAGAAGGAGGGAGAACAGCUUUCCCGGGGGAGGGGGGUGGCUGUUGUCGCUGCCAGCCUCGCAGCCCUUCCCGGGGGCAUCUGCAGCGACGGGGCGGGGGGAGGGCGGGAGCGGUUUCACCACAGACCUUUCCCGCCUCAGGGAGAAGCGGGGGCGGCUUCUCUCCCGCCCGCUCGUUACCUGUCUCCUCUCCACACACACCCACUCGGCGGCGACGCGGGGGGGGAGGCCUGGCGGCCGCUCUGUCUGGCGAAAACGCCGAGCGGAGGGGCCCGUGCCGCCGGCAGCGGGGAGGCAGGGCGCUGUGGCGGCCUGCGCACUCCUCCCUUAAUGGUACGGAACCAACUUGACCUGUGAUUUUGAGAAACACUUUAAAGAGCUAGUAUGGUAAUAAUUCAUGUUAGAAGUCAGAUUCAAGCUCCUGCAUUGUAAGACUCCUGAUUUGUCACCAGCUAGAAUUACAAUAAUGUUUCAUUAAAAGUGCUGGUGAGCACUCAGGACUCUGAAGACAGCAGUUUUGUGCAACAUAAGAAUGUUCCUUAAAGAAGCUGAUGGAGGAUAGAGCUCCAGAGUUCCUGAGAGACACUGACAGCAUAAGAUGGCACCAUAGUCUAGUCUGAAAUUGCAGUUCCGCAGAGCUUGAGGAUUCCACCACAAAUGAAGAAGCCACCAUUAACAAAACCUGUAUUUUCCAUUGAAAAGGCAGUACCACACAAUCCCCCAGAAGCAUGAUUCCUACAGGCACAGUGUGAUGGAUGUCCUUCCAAUCCAGCUGUUAUGGAGUCAAUGGAUGAAGCUGAAGGACAUCAAGGAAAGCUGAAUAAGAAGGAGCAGUCCCUGAAAACCUCCCAGAAAACAGCACUGCUUGGUUGGGCUGCCCAGUGGAAUGGAUUAAUGCCUGGAGACAGCAUGUAUCUGUUUGUCCUUUCACAGAUACUGCUUCUCUGCAUGAUGCUGUGGUGCAGCACUUACGGGACCAUCCCAGCAGCUCAGAAUGCCUUUGACUUGCUGUCUUACCUGUUUACCCCAUUUAAACAUUUUUUGUCAGAUCAAGGGGAGGACCUGACUAGAAUCGGGAGCAUUGUGGUAUUAUACAUCCUGCUGUCUUUAGCUUCUCUAGGACUGUUAUUUGUAGGAUCUCUGUUCUGGCAUCUGCUCAGAGCCCGUCCAGACCCCCCCUUUCCACUACAAGAGGACAGACGCCAAUCUGUGAGCCGGCAGCCUUCAUUCACGUACUCAGAGUGGACAGAGGAUAAAAAUGAGGAUGACUUCCUAGAUUUGGAUCCUGUACCGGAGACUCCGGUCUUUGACUGCAUAAUGGACAUUAAAGCGGAGACAGAUCCAGCUACUCUAACAGUUAAAUCCAUGGGCUUGCAAGAAAGGAGAGGUUCAAAUGUUUCACUCACACUGGAUAUGUGUACCCCAGGCUGUUCUGAGCAAGGUUUUGGCUAUGUUAUGUCACCACGGGAACAGUCAGCCCGAGAGUACCUCCAGACGGCAUCAAACAUCCUUACUGAAGAGGAACUACACAAAAAAGCACUGGAUCCUUUCAUACUCCAGGCAGAGUUCUUUGAAAUUCCAAUGAACUUUGUUGAUCCAAAGGAAUAUGAUAUUCCAGGCUUAGUGCGUAAGAAUCGCUACAAAACAAUUCUCCCAAAUCCUCACAGCAGAGUGUGCCUUACCUCAGCUGAUCAGGAUGACCCCCUCAGCUCUUACAUCAAUGCUAACUACAUCAGGGGCUAUGGAGGAGAGGAAAAGGUAUAUAUUGCUACUCAGGGACCGAUAGUUAAUACUGUCAGUGAUUUCUGGAGAAUGGUGUGGCAGGAGCGUUCUCCCAUCAUUGUCAUGAUUACCAAUAUAGAAGAGAUGAAUGAGAAAUGCACAGAAUAUUGGCCAGAGGAACAGGUCACCUACGAAGGAAUAGAAAUCACAGUUAACAGAGUCAUACAAGCAGACGAUUACCGUUUAAGGCUCAUCACCCUAAAGAAGGGAGAAGAAGUCAGAAACCUGAAACAUUACUGGUACACGUCUUGGCCAGACCAGAAGACACCAGAUCAAGCUCCCCCUCUGUUGCAGCUAGUUCUGGAGGUGGAAGAAGCCAUGCAGAGCGCAGAAGAGAAGAAUGCCCCAGUGAUUGUUCACUGCAGUGCAGGCAUCGGGAGGACUGGCUGCUUUAUUGCAACUAGUGUCUGCUGUAAACAGCUGAAGAGCGAGGGCAUAGUUGACAUAUUGAGAACUGCCUGCCAGUUACGGUUAGACAGGGGAGGAAUGAUCCAGACUUGUGAACAGUAUCAAUUUGUCCAUCAUGUCAUGAGCUUGUACGGAAAACAGCUUUCUAGAGCAGCCGAAGAAUAAGUGUUCAUGAUAUUCCUAAAGGCUAAAACCAAGAGAACUUUUGACUUCAUUCAGAUAUAUUUCAGAUCUGAUAAGAGACACAUGAUAACCUGGCUGUCUUAGCUGGAAAGAAAGACAUACUAUUUUACUUUGAUAUUGCUUUUAUGCUCUUGUUUGCAUUGACAUUUAAGAGCGGAGGUACACCUUGUCUUAAAUAUAUGUGACGGGACAUGAUCUUCACCAAAAAAGCUUAUUUAUACUGUAAAUAAGUAUAGUAGCUUCAUUUGUUACAAAAGCAAGAAAAAAACCAGGAAAAAAUAGUCUUCAGUUUGCUAUUUUUAAAAGAACAUUGCUAAUAUAUCUAAAUACAGUGUGAAACUUUUUGGAUUGUCAUGCUGAAAUGUGCCGUGUGUUGACUGAGCUUGAAAGUAACUUUUUGCUUCUUUCUGAUUGUUUUUACAUAUAAAAUUACCGAAUACUGUGUAUAUCGUAAACCUUCUGAGCCCCUCUGCAUUGAAAGAUUCAAGUAGAUUAACAUUGAAAUGACAUUUCACACAUGGUUUGCUUGUUUAUUUUUUCUAAAGCAGUCCACCAGCAGUGUUACCCAGAACUAAAGGGGAAAAAGUAUUUAACUGAUAUGAAUCAAAUUCUUACUUCCAACUCUUACCAGCAGUGUACCCCAGUACCGUGACAGCUGGCUGAAUGAGGUGAAUAGCAGAAGUUAAUCUGAACGUAAGUUCUUCACACUUUAGCUUUUCUUUGUCAAUAUUUUGCCAUCUCAAGGCUGAAACCAGAUUUGAUUUUUGCAAAUAGUUUCUUUUUUUAUGUAGUCAAACCACAAUCCGAAUACAAUUUCCCCAUAAAUUUGAAGUUUGAAAUCAGUUGAGGAAUUUUGUGAGUUGAAUUCAUCCUUAUUAAAAAUAUAAUAAUAAAAUCACUUGUAUUCUAUGAAUUUAAACUUGCUUCAAAGCUUUGAGAGUGACCGAGUGCCCAGCACUCAUUAAAACUAACACAGACCCUACAGGCAGCUUUAAAAAAAAUCAGUCUGAGCAUGAUGGCUGCUUUUUGAUAAAUUUACCCUCAAAACAUCUUUAAAUAAUCGCUAGCCCAUUCUAAUCACUAGUCCAGGCAGCAGUGUUUCCUUUUCAAUAAUACAGUUGCUGCCCAUGCUUUUCUUUCUAGACCUCAAUAAGGCUGUAGUUUGUUUAAUGCUUAGAGGUAAGCACAUGUGUAAGUCCUGUAUUAAGCAGAGAAAAAUGGAUGUACACAGGACGCCUAACAUGAAAGAUGAGUAUUUGGUGAAUAGAAGCUGUAAUGACCUACUAAAAAUAUUUUUGCUUCUCUUUAUUUGUAACAAUAACCAAAACCCACUACUUCUGUCAGUGCAGGAGAUUCUGAGAAUUUACUGCACUUCCUGAUCAGGGGAAGGUAAAGCAGCUCUUGGAAUGAUAAGGGCUGAUCCUGUUCCCACUGAGGUUUUGCUAUCGAUGUCAGCAGGUGCAGGGUAGGGCCUGAAAUGUUAUGCCUACAACUUCAUCACUGUGGGGAAAGUUUCCCAAUAUUUCAGUACACAUCCUUUGUGUUUAUUCUGUAUCCAUGAUCCUCUAAAAAUCCUGUCAGCAGGUUUUGCAUGAAUGUGCGGCAAAAUGUGUUAUCUUUAAACCACUUGAUUUUAUUGCUGUAUUUAAAAUAUUUCCUUCAGUGAGAAGCUAACAGGAAGAACUGGCAUUCUUUUUAAAAAUACUGGUGGUAGUCAUUAAAUAGAGCAAUAAACUUAAGCUUUUGAGCAUAA